AUGCCUUAUUCUACGCCGUCUCCCACCAGCACUCCUCUUCCUCCUACUUCUUCUAGUAGCAGUGGUGGUGCAAAGGCGAUGAACAUGAACAUGAACACGAACACGAAUGGCGCGGACAAAGGGCCUGGCGCAUUCGCACCGCUGCCGUCCCUCCCCCGCCGCAACACAUCCUCCAAACCCGCCUCAGCCACAAAACCCCGCGGCAAAGCGUCGCUCUUCCACAUCCGCGGCGACGACGACUCCAAUUCGGACUCGGACUCGAACAACGACCACGACGACGACGACGCCCGCCUUGGCCUCGAUGCGUUCAACUACACCACCAACCUCCCCGCCGCCCCGCCCCCCAACCUCCCCUCCCGCGGCCUGCCUGCGCUCAAGCUCAACCCCAACACAUCCUUCCCCGCACUCCAGCUCAGACUGAAUACGGACGAGAAGCCGCCCCUCGUCAUGCGCCCGCGCAAUCACUACUCCCCUUUCAAGAACAACUCCCUCAGUAACAUAAAUUCCCUCAACACCAACACCUCUACCCCCUCUUUCAACAAUACGAAUCUGAGUGGCGGGGCAGUCCCGUUCCCGAGCUCGUCGCCCCUCUCCCCACAGCCGCCCUCGCAGCACAUCGCAUUCACCUCCACGCCCCCUGCUUCCUCCACACCAUCCACCGCUCCCCAACAAUCCCACCCCAGUGCACCAGCAGCACGCCCGCCCCUGCGCCCCGCCGUCGCCCGCACAUCCUCCACCCCCAUCUUCCUCUCCAACGGCAAACCCCUCAAAUCCUCCCUCAAAUCCUCCCUCCCCUUCGCCGUCAACCAUCCCCACACCCUCUCCCUCUCCCUCUCCACCUCCUCCACCGCCGCCGCCUCCUCCGCAUCAUCAUUGUUAUCCGCCCCCAACCAAUCCUCCUCCCUGAAAUCCUCGUCCUCGUCCCCGAACGUGGCGGCGGCGACGGGCAAGACCGCGUACCCGAAGGAGAGCGUCAUCCCGAUGAUCCCGUCGAACUACACGCGCGCGGUGCUCGGCAUAUACGCGCGGGGGCGCUCGGCGUCUGCUGCGUCUGCUGCGUCCACCCCCGGUGCCGCCGCCAACGCGCUGGGUGCGGAAUCUGUGCAGCGGUCGGUGUCGGAGGGCGCGGGACACCAGCAGGAGCUGUCCGCGGAGAGCGUGAGCACGUCCGCGACGACGUCCUCGCCGCCCACGCCCACCACCGAGCACCCGCAACUACAACUACAACUGCAACCGCACCUCCGCUCCCUCUCCCUCUCCGCCCUGCACCCGUACUUCGCCCGCGCCAGCGAGCACUACGAUAUGGGCACGGGUAUGGGUAUGGGUGUGGAUGAUCUGGAGCAUCUGCGCGACGGAUUGGGAUUGGGAUUGGGGGAGUUGGAGGAUCUGGAGAGCUUGGAGACGCUGGAGAGCCUGAUGACGCCGAAGAAUGUGCAUUUUGCGGAGAACGACGGGCUGGCGAGCGUGCGGGUGUUCAACAGGAGCGGGCGCCCCAAGUCGCUGCUGCGCGGCGGGCGGCGGCAUGCGCAUGCGGAGCACGCCAACUCGAACACACAAUCCAACACGCAUUCCAACACGAACGCGAAUAACGGAUCCGGAGAUGGAGAUAGAGAUGGAGGUAGAGAUGGAGGUGCAGCCGGAAGCGAUGGGGGAGGCCAAGGGGAGGGGGUGCUGAGCGGGGGCGAGACGGAGACGGAGACGGAGGGCGAGUCGUCGACGGGCUACUCGUCGUCUGCGUAUGGGUCGUCUGCGUCGGGCUAUGGGUACCGGGCGAGCGGGUACGGCGCGAGCGGGUGGUGGGGGAGUGCAUCGAGUGCGUCUCAUGAGCGCGGUGCGAGGGGUGUGGGUGGGGCGGGGAGACGCGCCUGGGGAUGGGGGGAUAGGCAGGGCGGGAACGGGCAGGGCCAAGGCCAAGGCCAGGGAGGGGAGUACCCCUUCCCCCGCGUGGACGCGCCGUCUAGUCAAUCCUCUGCCAAUACUGCGAACGCUGCCUUUUCUGCUGCUUCGUCUGCUUCGUCUGCUGGUCCUUCGACUGUUCAACCCCCUCAAUCCUCACAAUCCCAAUCCCAAUCCACACAAUCGCAAUCGCAAUCCUCUGCGCAAACGACGGCGAACUCGGGAUCGAACUCGGGAUACGCAUACACGAUCGACGCGUCCGCGUCCUCGCCCAUCCCGACGCCGGACCCGAACCCCGCGGGCAAUGUGUUCAUUGAGAGUAUCGUUUUGGACGAGAGCGGGGGUUCAGGUAAAGGGAAUGGAGAGGGCAAUGGGGGUGAAGGCCCGGUUUUGUGUGGGACGGUGCUCGUGCGCAACGUGACGUUCGAAAAGGCCGUCUUUGUGCGCUUCACGCUCGACGGGUGGGACACGACGAGCGAGGUCGCCGCGCGGUGGGUGUGCGGCGCGACACCUGGUCAUGACGCUUCUGCGAACACAAACUCUGCUUUGCUAGGAACCCUCCUAGCGCGCUCGCCGCACUCCUCGUGGGACCGCUUCGCCUUCCGCAUCUCGCUCCUCGCGUACUCCACGUCCCUGCACACGCGCUCCCUCGUUCUGGUGGCGCGCUAUCUGACUGGAGGGGGUGUGGGAGGGGGCGAGUGGUGGGAUAAUAACGGCGGUGCGGAUUAUCGUGUUGCGUUUACGAAGGUGAGGGAUGCGUCGAAGGAGGCGUUUGGUGUGCGGGGUGCCGGUGGUGAGACGCAGGGUAUGGAAGCGAAGGCGAAGGCCUCUGGUGUGCGGGGCAGCGGGAGUCCGUGGUUGGGCCCGCUGAAUGUGCCGCGCAGAGUUGUGGUCAGCGCCCCUGCUGUUCCGUCGCGAUCCCCGGCGACGCCCCCCGCCUCGAGCUCAGGCUCCUCAUCAACAGCAGCACCCGCGACGGCGACUGCGACCGCGACCGCGACGGGGAUGGUGUACUCGACGUCGUUGCCGACGUAUACGACCGCGUCGUCGUUCACGUCCUCGCCGUCCGCUACCCCGACGGGAACUGGUGCCAGCGGGCACGUGGGCGCGAUGCAGGGUAGUGGUAUGGGUAUGGGUAUGGGUGGGAUGGGUGAAAGGGGAAUGGGUAUGGGUGAAAGGGGAAUGGGAGGAGCAAGAAGAUCGGUGUACAGCGAGCAGGCGGCCCAGGUUACGCAGCAAAGGCUCGCGAAGUUUAGCCUGAGGAACUACGUCGCGCCGACUUCGCGCGUUGCCUCGUCGGCUUCUCCUUCGUCUUCUUUACAACCUGCUUCCACUCUAUCUCUAUCUGUGACUGGCGCAGCUGUGGGUGGAGAGAAGGAGAAGACGCCUGGAGUCACUCUCGUGACGACGCCCACUACUACGACUACGACUACAACAACCGCUGCAACUACAACUACCGCUACAGCCACACCUGCCCAGGCACUGCCAGCCGAGGAGAGGCGCCAGGCGCCGACGCCGCCCGAUACGCCGCCGCGCACUGCGUCGCCGCUCCCGUACACUUCGAACCAAGCCGCCGCCUCCCCUUCGUCGCCUUCGUCGUCGUAUCUGCCGUCGUCCCCGCGCUCGGGUAUCACGAUCAGCAGGACUUCGCCGCCUACCACACCGUCUAAACACGCUGGCGGUGUAGGCGGUGCGAGCACAGGUGGACAAGGUCAAGGUAUGAGUGGAGGUGUAUCAGCGAUCCCGUUCCCGAUGAAGAGAUCGCCCGUCCCGAGCCCCGCGGGCAGCCGCACAGGGAGUCCUGUGCCCUCGCCCACUCUAACGUCCCCCUCGCUCAACCCGUCGCUCAACCCAACGGGCAUGGGCAUACCGACGCCGAAACCGAGCCCGUCGUCGUCACUCGCGAACAUGUCGGAUCUGUCGUCCUUGACGCAUGGGAAUGGUAUGGGGGGCGUGGGCCUGUCGAGCUCGCCCCCGUUCAGCACGAUGGGCAUGGGGAGCUACUGGCCGUGGGCGGGUCCGCCGUCCACUGCGCGCCCGCCUCUCUCGCGGUCCACUGCCAAUUCUAAUAACAGCUCCAACUCCGCUACGCCGCGCUCGACGAUGAAGGCGGCCCCUGCGAAAUUGGGCGGUCUAUCUCCUGUAUCUUCGUCUCUGGCGUCAUCGCUCGCGUCGUACCCCCAGCUCCAGAUGCGCGUCAACACAUCGCCGGGCAUGGGUGCGGGUGUGGGCACGGCGAGCGACGACGAGGACGACGAGGAGCUCGUCACGCCGAACGAUAUGGGGCUGCACACCGCCCCGCGCGCCACCGGUGUCGGGAGGAGCAGCUCGCCGCCGAACGAGGAUACGUUCAGCCUCUCGCAUUCGAGCGGGGACGAGGGCCUCGCAACCCCCAAGCCAUCCCAUUCCGCCCUCUCCUCCCUCUCCCCCCUUUCGCCCUCCUCGCCCUUCCCUCCCACUACGACUACGACUACGGGUACGGGUACGGCUACGCCCCCGACCUCGCCGUCGUCCCCGUCGGCGCUUGCGGCGGCGAAUGAGAACGGGGAUAUCAGGGGCGGGCUGAGCAGGAUUUCGGGCGGGGGGAGCGACGAUGAGCUGUACAAGGCGUUCGUGAGGCAGUGGUGCUUCGCUGCGGGACCUAGUGCGGUUGUUGGGUGA